AUGGAGGGGGAGAGCCACGCCGCCGCCAACGCCUUCAACGGCGCCCCGACACGCCGCUCGGGGGAGGACGUCAUCGUCCUGUCCUCGGCGACGGCGAGGCCGCCGCGGUCGGUGGAGGCGGUGGUGCUGGUGGACACGGAGGGGGAGGGGCAGGGGCAGGGGCCGCACAUGGAGAUGGAGGCGCCGCCGGAGAAGCUGUACUUCAAGACCAGGCUCUGCGACAAGUACGAGGACACCGGCCGCUGCAUGUACGAGGACAGUUGCACCUACGCGCACGGCCGCGCCGAGCUUCGCCCGCCGGUCCCCCCUGUCGGCGGCUUCGCCGUCGCCGGCGGCGGCAGGGUUGUCAACGGCGGCGGCAAGGUGUGCUUCAACUUCAGGGACACGGGCACCUGCCAUUUCGGGGACAGGUGCGCCUUCCCCCACGCUGCACCAUCAGGUCAUGCGAUUCGCCUCACCGGGGACCAGAAGGUGCUGACAUCCCCAGGGCCGCGCUACGCCGCCCCGGGCACCGCCAGGGCGUACCCGUACCCGCCGGUGAUUCCCCCGGCCGCGCGUGAUCGUCUUGCCCAGAUGACCGAGGAGAACGGUGGCAAAAAGCCCAACAGACUGAUGCUCAUGAGCCAACGGAAGAUCGGCGGCAUCUACGGCGACUGGCCGGAGCAGAAGGAGCAGGAGGAGUGAGACAGAUCGAUCAGCCGUCCACCCACCAUGGUCGCAUACCCAUAUAGUAGAUGAUUGACAUUGCUGAUACAUAGCAACAAAACAAAAAGGGGACGGGUUGAUCUUGUCUGAAAGUGAAUAAAUUUACCAUGGUGGUAUUUAUCUUUUUUGUUUA